CAAAUAAGCGUCAGUACAGCUUAAUUAUUAUAAUUUUUUAGCUUCAGCGCAGCUGAGUGUGGCCGCUUCAGCAGAAAGUGAACACACGGACGGACAUCCCGCCACCGACCGGUGUGGCCCGGUGAGAACCAUUAACGACACCAGAAACAGAAGCUAGCUAUAUUAACAGCAACGGCAGCACUGGCAACUCUGCCCCCCCCUGCCCCUGUCCCCUGCCCUGGCUUUGGACUGAGGUUCAUCCCUCCCCCCCGCCGCCCUCGCCACAGACUCAAAGUGUGUGCAUCAUGGUGGAUGUAACCAAAUGGCCCGUCUUCAGCCUGUUAGGGCCCCAGGAGCUGUCCACCAUACGAAAAGCAUGUGUGUUUGGAACGUCCGCCAAUGAGGCCAUCUACAUCACCAAUGAUGAUGAGGUGUAUGUGUUUGGGUUGAACUGCAGUAACUGCCUGGGAACAGGGGACAGCCAGAGCACCAUUGUACCCAAGAAGCUGGACUUCCUGAGUGGGAGGAAGGUGGUCAGCCUGAGCUACGGCUGUGGACCCCACAUCCUGCUGGCCACAGAGGAUGGGGAGCUAUUUGCCUGGGGUCAUAAUGGUUACAGCCAACUCGGAAAUGGAACAACCAACCAAGGAGUAGUUCCAGUCCUUGUGUCCGCCAACCUGCUCAAUAAGAAGGUGACAGAGGUAGCCUGUGGCUCUCACCACUCAAUGGCUCUGACCGACUCAGGAGAAGUGUAUGCAUGGGGCUACAACAACUGUGGUCAGGUGGGUUCAGGCUCCACUGCAAACCAGCCCACACCCCGCAGAGUGUCGAGCUGCCUGCAGAACAAAGUGGCGGUCGGUAUCGUCUGUGGGCAGACCUCGUCCCUGGCAGUAGUGGACAAUGGAGAGGUGUACGGUUGGGGAUACAAUGGGAACGGACAACUGGGACUUGGAAAUAAUGGGAACCAACUCACUCCCUGUCGCCUUGUAGCUCUGCAGGGUUUAUGUGUUCAACAGAUUGUCUCAGGCUAUGCCCACUCCCUGGCACUAACAGACGAGGGGUUGCUGUUCGCUUGGGGUGCCAACACAUAUGGACAACUGGGUACCGGCAACAAGAGCAACCAGCUGAGCCCGGUUCAGAUCAUGACUGAGAAAGAGAGGGUUGUGGAGAUUGGUGCCUGUCACUCCACACAUACGUCAGCUGCCAAGACUCAGAGUGGUCAGGUGUACAUGUGGGGCCAGUGCAGGGGCCAGUCCGUAGUACUGCCUCACCUCACGCACUUCACCUGUACCGACGAUGUCUUUGCGUGCUUCGCCUCCCCCUCAGUUAUGUGGAGGCUUCUUUCCAUGGAGCAUGAUGACUUCUUGACCGUGGCUCAGUCGCUGAAGAAAGAGUUUGACAACCCAGAGACAGCUGACCUCAAGUUCUGCGUUGACGGCAAAUAUAUCUAUGUCCACAAAGCGGUUCUCAAAAUCAGGUGUGAACACUUCAGAUCCAUGUUCCAGUCCCACUGGAACGAAGACAUGAAGGAAGUGAUUGAAAUAGACCAGUUCUCCUACCCAGUGUACCGCUCCUUCCUAGAGUUCCUUUACACAGACAAUGUGGAGCUGUCUCCUGAGGAUGCUAUUGGGCUGCUGGACCUGGCCACGUCCUAUUGUGAGAACCGCCUGAAACGUUUAUGUCAACAUAUUAUAAAGAGAGGAAUCACCGUUGAAAACGCCUUCUCUUUGCUGUCAGCGGCCGUGCGCUACGAUGCAGAGGACCUGGAAGAGUUCUGCUUUAAGUUCUGUGUGAAUCACCUGACUGAGGUGACCCAGACCGCCGCUUUCUGGCAGGUUGACGGCAACCUGCUCAAAGAUUUCAUAUGUCGAGCCAGCCGCUGCGGAGCCUUCAAAAACUGACCUCAACCCGAGAUCAUUAUAGACACAGAAGGCUGCUGUAACGACACCGGGUCGCUACCAGUUGGCUCCAGGAGCCUUUACUGACAGGUGGAAAACAAACUUUAUAUCUUUUAGAUUAUCACAUCACUGUCAAAUCUGUUGUUCAUGUCAUUCCAGACUAGGGUGUCCCUUACGUGGGCUGUUCAUGCCGAUAUUAAAAGGCUGAGCUGACAUCCCACAGUCCAGUUACAGUAGUUGUUUGCCACAGUGCCUGACUGCCUGUUCAUGUACACUGGUGUAAAGCAGGACUUAAAAUGCAUUGAGAGGCAUAGUAUCGCUUGAUGAAGUUGUUGUUUCUAUUAACUUGAAAUAUUCUUGACAGUUGCCUGAUAUCACUUUUUUCUAUUAUUCUGUUUAAUUGACCCUGCGACAACUUCAAGUGAAGUUCUUGCACUUGUUGGAAAUAUGUUUUUCCCCCUCUUUACUAGAAGACUGAAUCUUGGUUUUCAGGUUGAGGUAGAGGGCUUUUUGCACUUUUAGAUUCCAGGAUAGAACAAAACUUGUUAAGACUGGACAUUGAGAUAUUAAGAAUGCAGAUUCCCCUUUUAUUUAGUCUGUUUAGGUCAAACUCCAGUCAGCAAUUAGUAGUCCUAGUAGCUGAGGUGUGAUCUCCUGUCAAGGCUGUUAAAAGACUCAAAAGGUGGAACUCAGGUUACGAGUGAGAUUCAGUCAAAUUGUUACAAUUGUAAAAAGAUUUAGUGGAUUCCAUAGGUUGGAAAGUGUUAUUUUGUGCAGCUACAACUCAAUUAAAGCUUCUUUAAUUUGUCUGUUUUAUCAUAUAAACAAUUCAAUUGGUGUUAACUGGCAGUUAAAUUUGCCUGGUUGCCAGCUGAAAAAACAAAUGUAUAGAACCAUCAAAAAUCCGUUUACAGUACGGCCUGUAGCCUUGCAGAAGCUUACGUUGGACUUUUCUAAAAAUACCCUUUCAUCCUCAACAUUUAUUGUAUGUUGAAAACACUAUUUUACGAUAUUAUCAUUUAUCAAGUUGUUGUGACAUCUUUCUGCACUACUGCUGUGAGAAGUUUGAAGACUAUAUUCCUAUUUUUUUGAUUCAGGACAUAUUUACUUCAAAAUCAAUUAUGUGACUGAUUGAUGAUAUUGAUUUAUCUUAUAGUAUUGUGAAUUGCCAGUAAUACUUUGACCUUUUGUGAGCAAAUUAACAGUGAAUGUUAAGUAUUCAAAAAUAUAUUGCAAAAUAUAUUGCAAUAAACCUAAUUGAAAAAGCUGGGGAUUUUAAUGUACCAUAGUAAUAUUUAAGAAAGCACAAUAAUUGAGUUUCAGAAUGAACAGAUCUCUUUUGUGCAUCAAUAAAUCAUGAGAUGCAAACCACCACCACAA